AUGGCCAAAACAUACCUUCUUUCACGCACGCUCGACCCAAUCUUAGGUGUAUUCACCGGUCUACUGGCAUUCCACUUGAACGAGACCAACCCCCGCUCGGCACCUUUACCUGGUCAUACACUUCGUGAACUCGUUGCGUGGAAAUGGACUCAGAGUAAGGAGCUGAGACAGCAGAGGGAAAGGGAGGAUGAAAGUGAUUGGGAAAGGGUGACGAGGGAGUUGGGCGUAGCGGAGGUCUGCCGUGUUUACAUGAAACAGAUGGGCGAUAAUAGGGAUAAGGCAACGAUGAUAGGCGAAUUGUACCAAAUGUCAAGCGUACAUAUGGAUAUCAGAGUCUAA